AUGGCUAAAAUAUCAAGUUAUUUAGGAUUGAAAGGCAAAAUACUAUACAUACACGUGAAGAAAAAUAAUUAUGCUCUAUUAAAUCAACUUAAAGAAUUUUUCGAAAGGGAUGAUGAUGAUAAUACCAAAGAAUCUUUCAAAAAUUCAGAUAAUGUUACAACUUUUGAAGCUUGGAAAGAAGCUGAGCCUAUUGCCCAUUGCAGUUACAAUCCGCCUGAAAAUAAAUCUUCAUAUACCGAGCCACCACCCGCUGCUUAUGAAUCGUAUUCGGAAGAUGACGAUGAUUCAGUAAAAGAUCCUCACUACAAGUCUAGUUCCUCCAGUAGGUCAUCUAGUUCUUCUAGCAGUUCUUCGAGCACUUCUACGUCAACUGCGAUAACGAAUAAUGUACAAGUAUUACUAACUAACGGUCAAGUGGAACCAGUUUCGAUCCAGACUUCUGCUGAAACAAAUAACGAAGAAAUACAAGAAGCAGUACAAAAUGAGAAUGAAUCAAUAAACCAAGAAAUAGUCGAACACAAUAUUUCCAUGAACGAAAUAGAAGAAAAUAGUAAUGUUAAGAAAAGUAGAAAGAGCGUUGCAAGAGUUGAAGAGUGGCUAAGUAAUAAAGCGAAAAAAUUACGAAAUACUGGCAAAUGUUACAUUUCCAGAUCUAAAACCAAGAAAAUUAUACCUGCACGUUCUUUGAAACCACCUUGUGGCGAUAAAUGCAAAAUGGAAUGUUCUACUAAAAUUGACGAGGACUGCAGGAAGAUGAUUUUUGCUAAAUAUUGGGGAUUAGGAGAUAUUACCCUUCAAAGAAACUUUAUUAACAUCUCUAUCAAAGCUGUAGUGCCCGCAUUCCGUUUUUCGGGAAAAGAAAAACCUCGAGGUUAUAAUAAUGCUUAUUAUUUUGAAUUUGACAAUGAAAAGAUACGGGUUUGUAAGAAGUUUUUAUGA